GUGCACCUGCGCGCUCUCAGUCCAAGUUCAGACGCACGCGGAGGCUCCCAGAGCGUGUGAACGGGGCUGCUGUAAACAGCGGUGGCGCGCGCUUACCCAUUAUUUGGACAUCAACGAGGAGAGCGCGAGAGACCGGAGCGGGUCUCCAGCUGUCGUUUAACUGGACUUGUCCGAGAACUGCACCGGAAACUCCGCUCGCGUGCAGCCGGCGGGAGCGGAGCUGAGGGACUCGCUUUGAGGCGGAAAAAUGACCGGAAUUACCGCUCAGAAAUUCUAAGUUGGAUUCUUUCAUUUAACGGCAGUAAACGCGAAGACCCUCGUAGUAAACAUAAAAAGAAGCGUUUUAACGACACACACCGGUGUCACAUAUUGCACUUAAAGGUUUAGCACUCCUAAAAGGCGGGAAUUCAACCGAAACAGGAGCACAUCAUCCGAUCUCAAGCAUCGGAUUCCGUCGCCACCGAGUGAAUUAAUAAAUAAAUAAAGUUUGACUGACUGGACAUACCGGCGAGCUGACGCGUCCCACGUUUGACAGCUUUUUUGGAAGCGUCUCAGUUUACCUCAGCUCAAGCGUCACUGUAAAUAAGCUGAACGACAAGAGCAGGAAGAACUGGAUGAGGAGGAGGAAGGGGGUGAACCCACGCCAGCGUGAUCCCUCAGUCAUCAUCAAUGGGAAAUACCGGAGCGCACGCGACUGAGGCGAGAUGCUCAGAGAAGCUCGAGGUGCGUCGCCGCGCUCUCACCGUGAGUGAGUUUUAAAAGCGCGCGCGAGGAGAGAGAAAGAGCACUGUCAAGUUGAACAUAUUCGAAGAAGAACCGGGUGGAAAAUUUGUUUCAUGUGGCACAUGCAUGAGAAAACAAAACGCGUCACCGAGCUUCCCAAGGCUUGUUGAGAAUGUGGAAAUUUUUAAUUGUUGACGAAGGUGAAGAUGACAGAGGCUUCGUGAGAAAGAUACCGAGCGUGUUUUUGUGAGAGAAGGUGAAGUUCAUUCGACAUGCCCGAGAAUGUCUCCCUCAUCAGGAACCGGACGGAAGUCGCGCAGGGUCGCGCUUGGGGUAGCGGAGCAGGCGCGCGGCCAGCAUGGGUCGUCAUGGUGCUGGCCGGUGUGCUGAUCUUCACGAGCGUGGUGGAUGUGCUCGGUAACGUGCUGGUGAUCAUCUCGGUGCUCAGAAAUAGAAAACUGAGAAACGCGGGUAAUGCGUUUGUAGUGAGCCUGGCUUUCGCCGAUCUCCUGGUGGUUUGCUAUCCCUACCCUCUGGUCUUGCAUGCCAUGCUGCAUGCGGGCUGGUUGCCGGGGGAGAUGGAGUGUAAGGUCAGCGGCUUCCUGAUGGGAGCGAGCGUCAUCGGCUCCAUCUUCAACAUCACCGCCAUCGCCAUCAACCGCUACUGUUUCAUCUGCCAGGCCAACACCUACGAGAAAAUCUACGGCCGUGCCGGAACCCUGGUGCUGCUUACGUUAGUCUGGGUGCUCACCGCCAUCGCCAUUCUUCCGAACCUGGCGCUGGGGUCGUUAACGUACGACCCUCGCGUUUACUCAUGCACCUUUAGUCAGACGACAAGUGCGGGCUACACCAUCGCCGUGGUGACAGUGCACUUCCUGCUUCCUAUCGCGGUAGUUACAUUCUGCUAUCUGAGGAUUUGGGUGCUGGUGCUCCGCGUGAGGAGGCGGGUCAAAACCGACGUCAGGCCACGCCUCCGUCCGAGUGAGCUGCGUCACUUCUUGACCAUGUUCGUAGUCUUUGUGCUGUUCGCUGUCUGCUGGGCGCCGCUGAAUCUGAUUGGCUUGGCUGUAGCGGUGGACCCGCCCCGCGUAGCGCCCUUGGUCCCUGAUUGGCUGUUUGUGGUGAGUUAUUUCAUGGCAUAUUUUAACUCCUGCCUGAACGCCGUAGUGUACGGACUGCUCAAUCAGAACUUCCGCAGAGAAUAUCGAAGAAUACUUCUGUCACUUUGUAAGCCACGCCUCUUCCUGCAGGAGACGUCAAAGGGCGGGACCGAGCGCAGCAACAAACAGUCACCUGGCAACAACAAUAAUGAUGAUCAGCCCAAAGCAAACACAAUAUAACUUACCCACAAUACAUUCAAUUGUUCACAGAUAUCAAAGACAGAAUGCUGCAAAAAGGUUUUAAAUCGCAUCCACUUGUUUUGAAAAUAAAAUUUUUAUGUCUCACUUUAGAUACCACCCUCUGCAAAAAAACAAAACAAAAAAACAAUACCUCAUUUGUUGGAAACCAUACAAUUAUAAUAAUCCUCAGUAUUAGGAAAAUUAAUUACAUCUCAGACAAGUAUUACAAUCACAUUCAAUGAAUGCAUGCUAAUGAUUGAGAACAGUGCAAUAAGUCAUUACCAGACAAAUGGUGCAAACUCGAGGAAGACAAAGACUGCAGAACAUUUUCAUCUUCUCCGAACACGCGCCCCUAGAAAAUAACUUAUUUUUCACACUGUUAGCUGGAGGAUGUUUCCUCCAACCACCCAUAAAUUCUCACCUAACAGAUCUCUCAGAUUUCACAAGUGCUUCCCUAAUGAUAUAACAACAUUAAAUAAAUGCUCCCCAAAUGCUCACACAUUUGUGACCUCUCAGCAUCUUGACAUAUGUUUUCCCAGCUCUCCAAUAGCGUUAGCACUUUUGGCACUGCAAGUAAACUAGAGCCUCCCCUUGUGCUAUGCAACCAAUUAAUUUUAAACUCAACAGAGAAAGUGUAAAACUAGGGCUCCCUUAGGUUUGCAGCAGAGGUUAUCCAAACAUUCCCCAAAACACUGCAGCAACCAAACUCUCCUAUUGCUAUGCAAACUCAACUUGAGCAACUCCCACAGCUGCAUUCAUGCAAACACUGUGGAAAUCUUCCGGUAACCUUCCCACAACAUUCCUCUACUAGGUCUGUGGAUGCCGUCCUAUGGGAAUAUGCCAAAACGCUGCAAGAACAUGUUCUUAUAUUCUCUAUAGGUUAAAAAACAAAACAUCACACGCUCCCAAUGUCUCUGCAACAGCAGAAUGCAUCUGCACAUGCUGCACGUUAUGGCAUACUUACAUUAAAACUUUUACUCAACUGAGCAAAGUUUUUCACUGAAUCCAUUAACAGGGUUCAAAUAAUCAACAACAAAAAAAAUAAUAAUAAUGAGCAUAGGGCUUCAUAUUUAUGUGACACAAAUAGACUAUUUGUCUGCAUAUUUAAUUUCUUAACAGUCUGAUAUAAAAUAGUAAUAGAACAAAAGUUGAAAUAAUCUUUAUUAAUAUACCUACUUUAAUAUACCAGCAUGUCACUCUGUGUCAAUAGACAUUUAUACAUACACACUUCAAGGUGCCAGUCAGUAAAACCACAAUAGUAAAGAAAGGACAUAAUUCUUAAUCAAAUACAUUCAAUAGCUUUUAUCAGUUUUAUCGAAUAUUUUUUUCAAUGUAAACAGACAUCUUUGAUUCAACUCUUUUGAGCAUGCAAGCCCCAUAGUUUAGUCCUUGUGUUGCGUUCAUUCAGCCGCCAACAUUUAUAUAGCCAUCUGCUGAAAUUACCCAUUCCAACCAGUAAGUGGCAUUGUCAGUUGGCAGGUUUCAACAAACCUUCAUUGAUUGAAGAGUUGGAUGAGCUAAUAAUGAACUGUUCAGCAAAAUGUAGAACUUUUGUCUAACAAUUUACAGAUUUUUGAUGUUUUUUCUUCUCAUGUAAUUUAUUUUCGCCUACUUUGUCAUUAUUCUGGGAAGGAUAUUGCUAAAAUAUUUUUUGGACUUCGAAGAUUCUGCUACAGAUGUACAGUAUUCAUUGUCAAACAGUAGACUUUAAACUGUGUGUAGAUUGUUUGUAUGUACAGUAUGUGAACUGUUUAAGCCUCAAAAACUGAAUAACUAGAAUCUGCCAAAAAAGAAAAAUUGACGGGUGAAUUCACUAAACAUUUACUCAGAACCUUUCAACAAAAAAUCCCUCGCUAUAAGCACCUGUAAUUCAGUUUAACCACGCAUCUAACACUCAUGAUCAGGAACUGCAUUGAGGAAAUUGCAUUCAGCACUAAUUUUGUGGCUGUUUUUGCAUCAUGAACUGAUUUAUGUAUUACAUGUUUUACAAAUUUUAGUUAAUUCCUUUAGUGUUCUGGGUGCUAAAACAAUGCAGACAGUUUGCAAAUAAACAAGUCAUAGACAUGGGAUGACAAUUCACAUUAAUCAGUGUAUCUUCCAGUUCAGGAAAUUUAAACCUCAAAUUUUAAGAACACCAGUAGCAGUAACAUUUUAGUGAUUUAUUGCGAAGAGUUUUUGACUCAUUUUCAAAGGGGCUUUAAUUCUGAUCGCAGUGAGUAAUAAUGCUUAAUGAAAGGCAUCAAAGCACUUAUUGUAAUCUUAAGUAUACUACAAUCCUUUAAAUAUUGUACUUUAUAAUCUGUUGAACCAUGAUGCACUUUGGCAGUCUGUAACAUUAUUUUUAUUUCACCUGGUUAAAAAUAGAUUAAUUAAUUAAUUUUGCAUCCCAGUAAAUUUGGAAAAAUGUUAGUGAAACCCAAACACCAUAUGGUAUGGAAGCCCGUUUCCGCCACUGAAUAAAAAACAA